CGCUCGUAAUUCGUAUCGCAGUUGCGUUAGUACCGCGCUAACAGCUGCGAAAGCCACACGUGUGUUGUACUCCUCGCGAACCUGUGCUGUGCAACGUAAACAAGUGCAUCAUAUCCAGUGGACUGACACGUUCGCCAGGAGCAACCACGCGCAUCCCCAGAACGACAAAGUGCCGCGUAGCAUACCAUGUAGUGGACAUUCGUGACAAAAAGUGCAUAAAAUUCAAAAUGGCGGACAUCGACGAGCUGAAUAUCGACGACGAGGUCGGCUACGAGUACGACAAACAGAUCCCGGACAUCGUGGCGGACGACAUGAGCUAUGAGUACGACCGGCGCGACUCCAAGGAGGGUUUCUGCGAGGGGGACUCUGACAGUGGAGUGGACGGCGUCAGCAGUGGCUGCAGCACGGUGGAGGACUGUCCCGUGGUGUCCGUCAACGACGUCCUGGCAUACUACGACAUCCGGCCGCGGAGAAGACACGCGCCGCAGCUGAACUUCUACCACGUGGACAUCGAGAGGAUGGCCAUGGACGCUAUUGUACAGAGCGAAUCGAGCUACACCUCUUCAGAAGAAGGCUGCGGUGGCGGCGAGAGGCACGCCGUGCUCAGCUACGAGCAGGUCAGGAGGCUGAACGACGUCAUGGACGAGGUGGUCGCCAUCCCCGGCCGCGGGAACUUUCCCACGCUGCACGUGCGGCUGCGGGAACUGGUCGCCGGCGUGCGAGCGCGCCUGCGGGCCCCCCAGAGCGAGGGGGGCGCCGGCGUGACCGUGCGGGACGUGCGGCUCAAUGGCGGCGCCGCCAGCCACGUGCUCGGAGACUGCCCGCAGCCCUACUCCGACAUCGACCUGAUCUUCACGGCCGAGCUGCCCACGGCGCGCCACUGCGACCGCGUCAAGGCCGCAGUCCUCGGCCACCUCGCCACGCUGCUGCCGCCGACCACUCCCCGGCGGCGGGCGACCCCGGCCGGCCUCAAAGAAGCCUACGUCUCCAAAAUGGUUCGGGUGAACUCCGACGGUGAUCGCUGGUCCCUCAUAUCGUUGGGCAACUCUCGCGGCCAUAAAUCCGUGGAACUGAAGUUCGUGGACACGAUGCGGCGCCAGUUUGAGUUUUCUGUGGACUCCUUCCAGAUCGCAUUGGACUCGCUGAUUGCAUUCCACGAAUGUGCUCAAUUACCGAUAGGAGAGAACUUUUACCCGACCGUGGUCGGCGAGUCUGUAUAUGGAGAUUUUCACGAAGCACUAUUGCAUUUGUCUGAAAAAUUGAUCGCGACGCGACAACCGGAAGAAAUCCGGGGUGGCGGCCUCCUGAAGUACUGUGCACUGCUCGCGAAGGCCUACAGGCCGGCGAGGCCCGACAAAAUAAAAAUCCUAGAGCGCUACAUGUGCUCGAGGUUCUUUAUAGACUUCCCAGAAUUGGGACAACAACGAGCCAAACUUGAGGCCUACCUUCGAAACCAUUUCGUGGGACGAGAAGAGGAGACGCUAAAGCACAGGUACCUCACGCUGCUGCACGGCGUGGUGCGCGAGUCCACGGUGUGCCUCAUGGGCCACGAGCGGCGCCAGACGCUGGCCCUCAUCGAGGCCCUGGCGUGCCGCGAGCUGUGCGCGCGUGCGCCGCUGCUGCUGCCAUACGGCCCGCCGCUGCCGCAGCCGUACUUCGUGUGCGUGUGUGCCGCCUGUGCCGCGUGCGCCGCGUGCGCGGCCUGCUGCGACUGCUGCGGCCCGGCGCUGUGCUCGGCGUGACCCCGCUGCCCCCCGAGCCCGCCGCGCCGGUCGACCAUGAAUUUAGUGCCAAAUGUAUAUAAUAUAUGUAUAUGUACGCGUCGACGCGCAAUGUAUAUAAUGUGAGAUUGCCGGCGCCCGGCUCGCGUGACCGACUCGGACUCUCGGAGCGCUCGCGUCGAUCCUGCUCAUUCGUCACGGAUCAAUUCUUGUCAAUUCGCGUUACGUUCGCCGCAGAACCGAUCCCGACGCGACGCUCAUGUUUUGCCAAUUAUUCCAAAUUAUCAUGUAGCCGGCUUGGAACUUAGUUACAGAUGUCGUUCGACUUUAUCAAUAACAAGAAAGUUGUAUUGGAUCAUGUAAUAUGCGAUUACAAAGUUGUCUAAAAUUGACAUUUUCGUGGACAUUAAGUUAGUUCUGACUAAAUUUUGUAUGGCAACUGAAUUGGACUGCGAUAUUUAAAUUAGACAGUAAUGUGAUAUAAAUCUGAUGAUGAUGUUCGAACAUUCUAUCGCUCUGUAACUUGGUCCCUCGAGACGUGAAGUAAUUUCUAGUCGUACUCCUUUCGUGUUGAUAAUUUAAUAUGUUGGCAGUACGAAAAUUACGGUUCACGUGGUUGAUACGACCGUAUGUAAAGCCUGAAUCGAUGGUCUGCCUAUAAAAGACUAGUUACUUUUAUUUUUAAGCAUUUAACUUAGAACAAUAACAUUGAACUGGUGAUGUCUUAACUUACGCUGAACAUGUGUUGCAGCGUAUGGCGAACAGCUCACCGUGUAUGUAACGCUGUAAAUCAGCCAGCUAUUAUACUAAGCCAUUUAAUUUUAUAGAUCGUCUCCAAUAGUGGCAUGUCUCUCUUCACAAAGUCUCCGUAAAUUACGUAAUACGGAAUUGUUCCAUUUGAUAAUCUUUACAGCCUUGCGUGAGCACUUUACUUGUCUUAAAUGGACUUGAGUGGAAACUGGUUUCGCACUAACAGCGACAGGCCGUUAAAUUCAUUCCUUAUAUAGAUACUAACGUAACUCACUAAAAAUCCUAAACAGUAGCAAACAAAAAUUCAUCGUUCUGGCACCCGUUUCAUCGAUAAUAGAUUAUAUUGAAACGAAGAUAUAUUUUAAAACAGAUAUGUACAUACCUUGAACUAAUUUAUAAUUCUUAAAGUUUCACGACUCUAAAAAUGUUACUAAUCGGUAUUGAAUUCGGCGGCUUAAGGUCAAAUGGUUCCGUUCCUUACAAAAUAUAUAAAAUAACCUAUUUUACUAAAUAUUUAUUAAUCUAUAAAAUUGUAUGUAUACACUUCUAUUGUAGACACUCUAGUAUUCUACACGGCUUGAAAUAAAAAAUAUUAAAAAUUUUAUAUAAAAAGGAAGCCAUGUAUAAUAUUACAGUUGAUUCUAUGAACCAUAAAUAUUUUAAGAACAUUUACAACUAGAAGUCAUAUAUUGAUUGUAACAGAGUACUUAGUGACGUGUUUAAAAAUACCUAAUAGAGGCGGUAUAACUACGCGAAAUGUGAUUUAUUUGUUGUACAGACUAACGUCGAGGUUUAACGUUUAUUAUAUACUUAACAGUUAUUAUCUAGUUAAACAGUAGAGUUAUAUUAUUGUUGUAUUUAAAAUAGAUUUACGAAUGGUGUUAUUUCAGAAUGAUAGCACGUACGAAUGUUUUUUAUCAGGAGGGCAGUACGCAACGGCACCGAACAAAUUGCAUGCGAUUUUAAAAUAGCGACAUAUUAUCAAAAUAACCCCAAGCUAUUUAUAGUUAAAUCUCUGGAAACACGAAAUUACUCACUGUAAAUCUGCUAAUGGCAUAUCCACACAGAUAGCGUACAUUAUCUGCGCCGUCUGAAUUUAUAUUUUAAAUUGCGAUGUUCGUGCUGUUUCUAAACGCUCUCUUGUCAUUAUUAUAGCGUUCUGUGUGCUAUCAUUGUAAUUUUAUAAACAAUAUCCGGCCAAUACGUGCAUCUCUUAUAUUUGCCAACGCCUAAAGAUAUAUGUAUACAAUGUAUAAUAUAAUUGUAAGUUUCAUGUUAGCUCGUAUACUAGUUGCUUCAGCGUCAAAAAAUGUCUCACAAAAACGACGUAGGCUGCGGUUUUAGUUGCUAUGUUUAUGAAAUAUCGCUUGUUAUUUUGUUUUACCAAGUUAAAAACCUAAGCUAUUUAUGCAUGCAAAAGCUUACAAUGCACCUGGACAGCCUUUUAAUAUAUGCCAGCGUCUUAUACAAUGUAAAAUCAAAGUCAAAUGAAAUCGAUAAAACACAAAAAGCCAAUAUUUAUUGCUUCAGGCUACUUUUAUUUCAUACGGAGUUUUUAACAAUAAAAAUAUUAUUUUAAUUGAGCUGCUUAUGUUAUUUCAACCCUACAAUUUAGAUGAGCUCGAUUCACAUACUCUAAAGAUACUUUUUAUUUGUGCAUAAAAACGAACUGAUAAUUUUUUUUAAUUCCACUUGAAUUAAAAUCAAUGAAUGAUAAGGUUUGCACAAUCUAAAAAUAUUAUUAUAUACUAAGACUAAGAUUUUUAAUCAUGUUUGGAAGAAUUAUGCACCAAAAUUUAACCGCAGCUGUUUUGUGUGUGACAGAAAUGACCUUCAGGUUGUUCAAGUACAACUUGUUAUCAGUUAUGUAUCGCAAUGAUGAACGAUUUUAAUGAACGAAUUUUCUUACUUGCUCACUAUAGAACCAAAAUUUAAGAUCUCAUUUAAUUAGUUUUGCAAAUGAAUUUUUAUUGAUCAUUUUAUUUUUUGCUGAGACUGCGUUCUGCUUUUUGUAAACAUGAACUCUGCUUUUUGAACGACUUUGUUCAAAUUUUUAAUAUGUACAUAGAGGUGAAAUUAUUUAAACAUGGAUCCGUAUUUUAUGAUCGAAGGAGCGCAGUUCGGCCGUUUGGUGAAGUAGUUUUUAAAAGAAAUUGUAUUUUUUAGCCACAACCAGCAGUACUUAGUAACGUAGUUAGUAUAUAAUAUUAUUAUAGCUAACGAAAAUUAACCUAUAUUCCAUUUUAAUAUUAUGACUAGUAUUACGCUUGAGGUACGCCGAUUUCAGUCGAAAGAUAAAGGUAUACACACCGUGCUGCUUAAGCGUGCGUUUGCCUUUAGACUUUCCACUCUCAAUAUGUUAAGGCCUUGCUCGCUAUAUAAGAGACAGGCUUAAGUUGUGAUCGUGUUUUUUUUGAAAUAUUUUAAAUUAUCUUUAUAAUGGUUGUUUAUAAAUUUCGAUCUAAUUAAUUAAGUAAUAUAUUUGUAUGCAUAUUUCGAGCAGAAUAAUUAAAACUGCAUUUAUAGUAAUUUAAAUAUCUUCAUAAAGAUAUCAUUAUUGUGUUUAUUAGUAGAAUGGCAACUCUAUCUAUUUUAUAUUCUGAUUGUCAACCGUAUUACUUAAGUAAUUAGAUUUUAAAUUCUGUGAUUGUUAUUAUAUGAGCUAUUGGCAUAUUAUUUUAUGCAACUACCUCCGUGUAUAAUCUGUACUACACUACCGUUAACUCUUCAUCGAAUGGAUGUUAUAUAAUAAAAACAAUAUAAUGUUAUAAGAAAUUAUCAGUCGAUUAGAUGUUGUAUAAUGAAACUGAUAUAUAAAAAAAUACAAAAUAUUUUCCUAUGCAUCGGCAAAAUAAAUGUGCUUAUACAAUGCAAAAAUAUUUAAAUUUAAAAUUAUGCGGCGAUAAAUCGCACUAGCGUUUUGUAUGAAGAGCCCUUAAUAUGUUUGAUGUCAAUAACAAUAGUAUGCAUUACAGUUAGUCAGUUUUGAAGUCAUUUUAAGUAAUUGUACUCUAUAAGGAUUCGAUUAGGGUACAUAGAUUACUGGUAUUGAACUCUUCCUAAUACUUAACGAAGUUUCCAGUAUGGUCUAAAUACUUUCUUUGUACACGUUAUUGCAGAGAGACAUUGCAAUCUUAGCUUUAAGGUUUUAGUUUUCUAUAGUUACCAUCAGUUUUCAGCUAGUUAUGUUUUUAAUAUUUUUUUUAAUUUUAUUACUGCGUUGAAUGCGAUUGUGUGAUCCAUGUUUGUUGAAAUUGUUAUUAAUUUUAGAAUUUGAGAAAGACAAAAAUUAUGCAUAUACGUUUUCGGUAUGAUGAAUGGACUUAAAUUGAAACAAAGGGAAAGGAUAUCUAUAUGGACCACACAGACGCCAAUAAGCAUGACUUCGUUCUGAGCUUAAUUUAAUGAUUCGAUAUAACAAAUUUCUUUCUAAUAUAUUUAAAUUUAGGUCUAAAGCAGAUUCACUUUUUGGCUUAUUUUUAAACCCAGCAGAGUUGGAAUGAUUAAUGGGUCUGAGUAUAGUUUAUUUGGAUCCAGGUCUAAGAAAAAAUAACAUGUUAUUGUUAUAUCGAAUUGUUAAGGAGCCUCCAGACGAGGUGACCAGGUCGCGUGCGCUCAUAUGUUCCAAGCGACAACGUGACUUAUAGACUCUCUAGGACGCUAGAACACAACGGCUAAAGCUCUCCGUCGUAAACUUAUCUAUUACUAGCGGUGGUAUUCUAAACGUUCGUAAUUUUUAUGUAACAUAGUAAUAGUGAUCUAUCUAUAGAAGUCUUUUAUAGUUAACUAUUUGAUCGAAAAUUUUCAGUGAAUGUUGUCUUCAAAGUUUGUUAGUUAUAAUAUUAGAUAGCAAGUUAUUGUUAUCUUUGUUAUGAGAAUUUUUAUCACAACGUAACCAGCACAAUCAAAUUGCUUUCAAUUAUUGUAAAUCAAAAACUGUGAAUUUUUUUUAAUGAAUUAAGCAACUUACUUGUUAUAAAAAAGUCAAAUUAAUAUGAAAAACCUUGUUGAGUAAUGGAAUAGUUUAUGCCAUCAAAUAGAUAUCGUCAAAAUGAUCGCUAUAUUGCCGAAUAUUUCGACGAGCGCAUUCGGUAGUGUAUGGAGCGCUUUAUGACGUAUUUCGUAGCUUAUAGUUUUAUAAAAUAUAAUGUUUAGUUAUUAACUUCUCUCUUCCAAUUUGCCUUUUUUGUUCGAUAGGAGGCGUUGCUACGUUGGGUUACAUAAUGUUUACUAUAUUUGUGAAGAGUUUUAAGCUAUUGUAAAUUUUACAAGAAAACUAAAUAAAAAUGUUGUGAAAAUAAAUUAUAAAAAAGUGAUAAACAGCUA